AUGGACCAUAACCAGAGUCGCUGCAACGGUACCCGUAUCCUGUAUACGGGGUUGGCCGUUGGUGAUGCCGAUGCCGAUGCCAACAAGGAGAACCAGGACCCGAAUACCUGGCGCCCCAUACCUUUACGCAACCACCCAUUGGUUAAAGGUCUGUUUAUCCACCGAGGCUGUGUGUACAAGGAAACGCUGCCAGAGUCGAACUUAUCCGACCUUGCCCAGCUACCUGGUGUGGCCGACUCCAUACUGGAGUUUAUGACCCACUUUAUCAGUGAACUGCCACCGCUCCCCGAGGCGUACCCCACACCACCUGCGAGUCCUACGGCGAACCCACUACAGCCAGAUACUGUUACCGCUGUCCGUACCGAUCGAGGAAACGAUCCCGAGACCGUUGAAGUCCCUGUUGCUGAUAACCAUAAUGUUAUCGCUCGUUCAUCGCUCGUCGAUGGGAUCCGCAUUCCGGAUCAACCGAACCCGUGA